AUGAAUCGGUGUAUGGAGAAAAAGGAGGGAAAUACUCCCUCCAAAACCACUCUAUGUGGGAAACAUGACAGCGAGACAAAAGCUCAAAGAGCAGCCUCAGUGUACUCAGGAGUGUGCACACAGGUCUUUAAAGAGGAGAGAGGGCUGUACCAGGACAAGGUGUUCUGCUUUGUGCAUCUGAGCGUUCAGGAGUUUAUGGCUGCUCUUCAUAUCCACCUGACAUUCAUCAACUCUGGAGUCAAUCUGCUGGCAAAAGAACCACAGUCAACCUCACAGAGGUCUGAAACAACAAAAGACAAAUCUGCUAUGACACACUUCUACCAGAGGGCUGUGGACGAGGCCUUACAGAGUCCAAAUGGACACCUGGACUUGUUCCUUCGCUUCCUCCUGGGUCUUUCACUGCAGACCAAUAAGACUCUCUUACAAGGCCUGUUGACAAAGACAAGAAAUAGCUCAAAGAUUAAUGAAGAAACAGGUAGGUACAUCAAGAAGGUAAUUGGGGAGACUUACUCUCCAGAUGACAGCAUCAAUCUGUUCCACUGUCUGAGCGAGCUGAGAGACUGUUCUCUAGUGGAGGAGAUUCAACAGUACCUGAGAUCAGGAAGUCUAACCACAAAAAAACUCUCUCCUGAUCAGUGGUCAGCUCUGGUCUUCAUUUUAUUGUCAUCAGAAAAAGAUCUGAAAGUGUUGUGUGGCUGUAACCUGUCAGACAGGAGCUGUGAAUCUCUGUCAUCAAUUCUCAGCUCCCAGUCUUCUGAUCUGAGAAAGCUGGGCUUGAGUAACAACAACCUGCAGGACUCAGCAGUAAACCUGCUUUCUGCUGGACUGAAGAGUCCACACUGUACACUGGAAACUCUCAGGCUGAUUGGCUGUAACAUGUCAGAGAGAAGUUGUGAAGCCCUGGCCUCAGUUCUCAGUUCCCAGUGCUCUCGUCUGAGAGAGUUGGAUUUGAGUAACAACGAUCUGCAGGAUUCAGGCAUGAAGCUACUGUCUGCUGGACUGAAGAGUCCACAUUGUGCAGUGGCAACUCUCAGGUUGUCAGGCUGUAUGAUCGCAAAGGAAGGCUGUGCUUCUCUGGCCUCAGCCCUGAGCUCCAACCCUUCCCAUCUGAAAGAGCUGGACCUAAGCUACAGUCAUCCAGGAGACUCAGGAGUGAAGCAGCUAAAGCAGGAUCCCCACUGGAAACUGGCCACUCUCAAGGUGGACCAUGGGGGAGUGCAGAGGCUGAGAUCCGGUGUUAGAAAGUAUGCUUGUGAACUCACACUGGACCCAAACAUAGCACACACAAACCUCAAACUGACCAACAACAACACAAAGGUGAUAGUGAGAGAGGAGCAGCCAUAUCCUGAUCACGAAGAGAGAUUUGACUUUUGGUCUCAGGUGCUGUGUGAAAAUGGUCUGACUGGUCGCUGUUACUGGGAAGUGGAAUGGACAGGAGACAUUCGCAUUGUGGUGACUUACAGAGGAAUCAGAAGGAAAGGAGAUACAGAUGACUGCAAGUUUGGGAGGAAUGAUCAGUCCUGGAGUCUGAACUGCUCCAGCGGUGGUUACUUAGUGUGUCACAAUGACAGAGAAACCAAAGUCCCUCUCCCCUCUGCCCCCUUCUCUAAAAGAGUGGCAGUGUAUGUGGACUGUCCUGCUGGCACUCUGUCCUUCUACAGAGUCUGCUCUGACGAACUGAUCCACCUCCACACCUUCCACUGCACAUUCACCGAACCUCUCUACCCGGCUUUUGGACUCUGGUUUAGGUGUUCAUCAGGGUGUGGCUCCAGGCUCAGGGCUGGUUAAUUAGUGUCUCUGUGCUCUCUGUAGGAGGGUCCAUGUACAGAAAGACAGACAGAUGACCAUCACACAUACUCUGCACUGAGCAGAUUUCAGGCAGUGUUCAGAAAGACAUUAGCUCUGCAAGAAAAAAACCCUCUCAUUCGUUUGAAUGGGAGUAACAUGAAUGCUGUGUGUCUACAGUUUACCUUACAAUAACUUUGCAGAGUUUGUAAACUCUUGUCUGUGAGUAUUAUGAAACGAAGUGCAGUAUUUUGGUGUCUAAUAAGCCCUAAAGUGUAGAGAUUUGUUACAUUUAAUUGUAAUAGCUUUUUUUUAGAAUCAUUCUUUUAUUCCAUGUGUAAUUUGUUUUGUAUCAAUUUGCUCUGUUAUUGUUACUGUCUGUACUGAGCAGCAUUCAGCUCUAUUAAUAUUUUAAUGUCAUAAAAUAUACCCAGCCCUGGGAGUUUGGUGAUGUUUUGUUUCAAGACCACCAUUUCAAGAUCAUGUCUCAAAUACUGUAUCUUUUCAUCACAAGGUCAGAAAUAAUGCUUUUGUGUGGUUCUCAGUUAUUUUAUUACUCUUCUACACUAUAGAUAAUAACCUAAUGAUCAGAACCUAUAAAUCUCAUUAUAUGCAGACAGUGAACAUGGGUUGGAAAUGUAUGAGAUAAAUUUCCAGUCGCUCCUCUAA